AUGCUACGCGUAUUGUAUCUUGUACUAAUUGCUACUGAAGUUUUAACUUCAGACUACACCUUACUAAACGCAGAUUAUUACAACCUCGAUCAAGCUGGGGAAAUCUUUGAUCAAUUCCUUAUUAAGUAUAAUAAGAAAUAUGAAGACCGGAUCACCGCUACAAAGCGCUUUGAAACAUUUAAAGAGAAUUUAAAGAAAAUCAACGAAUGGAAUAAAGAGGGCGAUACAACUAUACAUGGAGUAAAUGAGUUUACUGACAUGACUUUUGAUGAAUUUUCCAAAUGUUAUCUAGGUUUUAAUGGUAAACUUGUCAGUAAGGACGCUGUUAAGUAUGAGCCAAGCGGUAUAGAAGCCCCUGCGAGCAUGGAUUGGCGUAGCUAUGGUUAUGUUACUGAAGUCAAAAGUCAACAGAGCUGUGGCUCAUGUUUUGCUUUCAGUGCUAUAGGGAAUAUUGAGGGCCAAUACGCGAAGGCUCACGGUGCAAGAGCAUUUAGUCUGUCAAAUCAGCAAGCCUUUGACUGCAGUAGUGCAGCUAACUGUGAAACCGGUGGUUUGCCACACGAAGUUUUUCAGGCACUAACGACUCAGGGUGGUAGUAUGCGCGAGCAAGACUAUCCUUACGAGGCUGUAAAGGGUCAGUGCAGAACUGAUAGGAGCAAAAUAGCAGUAAAAGUGACCGGAGGACAACAAUUGGGAGUGGCGGGAGAAGAUGGUUUGAAAGACGCUGUCGCUAGUUAUGGACCGUUAUCAAUUGCUAUUUGCGCUGACGCUGAAUUGCAAACCUUAAGAGGUGGACAAGUUUAUAAGCCGAAGCAACCUUGCAAUACAGCAAAUCAUGCUGUUCUUCUCGUUGGCUAUGGGAAUGAAGGAGGCGCUGAUUUUUGGCUGAUAAAGAAUUCUUGGGGCUACAGUUUCGGAGACCAGGGCUACUUCCGUCUAAUAAGAGGGCAAAUGGCUUUGGCUGUUGGAAGCUAUGUCGCAACAUCCACUGUUGGUUAA